AUGGACGCCACCUGGCGCGGACUUGCGCUGGCGGAUGCGUCCGGCGCGCUGACGCCCGAGGGCGCGCGGCUGCUGGAGCAGGAGCUGAGCGAGGAGCGUCUGGCGGUCAUCACGCUGCUGGGUCCUCCGUCCACGCGCGCGGCCAGACGCGAGCUAGUGGCCAAACUUCUGGGCCGGGAGCACCCUAGUGGGGCUAGCGACGACGCGCUCGUGCUGCUGGCCAGCGUCGCGUACGCGGACGAGGACGAGGACUUCCAAGUGCUGGUGCUGGACGCCAAUGCGUCCGAGAGCGAGGCGUCCUCCUCUGGCCUGCAGCAGCUCAGCGGGGCGCUGUGCGCGCUAUCGUCGCUGGUCGUCUCGUGCUACGACGAGAUCGGCGGGUCCACGCAGUGCCUGGCGCCUUCGCUGCCGCAGUUCCAGUCGCUCUUCCAGACGCUCGUGAGGGAGUUCGCCAGUAUGGAGGUGUACGAGAUGCUGCCCAAGAUGCUGAGCGUCGACUGGUCCCCGAGUCGCUCGCUGACGGACAAGCUGGCCGACGCCGAGAAGCAGAGACCAGACGCGAGCGUCGAGGCGCUCGAGGGCCUCAUCAGGUUCAAGUUGAAGGGGGUCUUCUACCCGCGUAGCAUCGCACCCAUGAGCUUCGAGGACUUCUUCGGACCCCACGCGACUGUCAAGAGGGUGUUCGGCCUGGAGAUGACGGGGGACAUGCUCAGCGCGAUGCUGCGCAAGCUCUCGCAGCAGGUGCUGGAGCAGGACCCGCUGGACUUUGGCACUGCGUGGGACGACUUCGUGGAGGACAGGUGUCGCCUGCUGGCGGAGGACGCGCUCAACACGUACGUGGACUGCGUGCACCCUUCCGUGCUCGAGCACCCGCCCAUGGAGCUGGACGCGUUCAAGCAGCUGCACGAGGAGAUUUGGCGCCUGAGCAUGGAUGUGUACCACUCGGCCAGCAAGUACAAGUCCUCGCGUCACCGAACCGUUCGCACCAAGCUCAAGGCGGACAUCCGCGCACGCUAUGAGACGGAGUUGGGCGUCCUCACGCAGAAGUCGCGCAAGUACUGCGAGGAGCUGCGGCGGACGUUGUGGACCGAGCUGCUUGCGCGCGCUACUCACGCGCGCGAGGGCAGCACAUUCGCCGCGAUGCUGGCUGCGAUCCAGGAGUUCGACAAGCACUUCAAUGAGAAAGCGCGCGGCCCCGAGAAGGCUGAUGUGCUGCGAGACUUUUACCAGACUGAGGCCAUCCAGGCCUUCCAGCAGCUAGAGAAUGUUGUGACGCAGCAGUUGAGCGAGUCGCGCUUGGAGGAACUGCGGCAGCAACUGGAGAAGGACUUUGGAGACAAGAAGGAGGCUUUGGUCGAGCAUUUUAAGCAUGAGGAGGCUCAACUACGCGCUGGGAUGGCGCGUGACAUGGAGACGAUGCAGAAGGUGCACGAAGCCAAAGCCGCCCGAGCGAAAAUCGACGGGAGUGAGACCAAACGACUGCGAGAGGAGCUGAGCGACUUGAAGCGGCAGAAUGCUGAGCUGCAGGAGAAGGCCAUUGUCCUUGAACACUCACAACAGGACGCAACGAACCAGAAGGCGGUGUUGGCGGCAAAGGUGGAUGAGCUGGAGGUCGCUGUACGGCGCGAGAUGGCGAGUCGUACCGAGUUGGUGGAGACGCUUGCACUGACGAUAAAGAAUGCCGAGGAGAAAGAGAAGACGCUCAACGAGAAGAUCGCGGAGCUUCAGCUAGAGCUGGGCGAGAAGACGUUCCGUGUGGAGGGCGAGCUGCAGGAUCUGACGCAGCAGUUGCGGAAAACAAACGAGGUAAGUCUCCAUUCAUGA